CUAUUAUCAGCCGACCACGUACACAUGUUAUACAUUGGAAUAUUCAUCUUUGCGCCGUAAUUCAGUAAAAUUCUGAUAACUAAUUAUAAUAUUACAGUUACCUGUUACGAUUUAAUUUAAAUUUGAAUUAUAUUCUCUAUAUAUACACGUAUAGCUAAUUUGUUUUAUUUUGCUGAUUGCCUUUUUAUUUUUAUUUUUUUUGUCAACAGAAGCUCUAAUUAAUUUGUGCGUUACACAAAAGGGUUAUGAAUGAGGACGAUCAUCGUCAUGUUUACAUGAUGAGUGAGGGGGUCUUGGGUAAUGUUGAAGAAUUUUUUGAUUUCUCAAGUGAUGGUGGUGAUAAUUAUUGUUAUAAUUAUUGUGAUAAUAACGCACAAAUUUCUGCUGCUAAUUCUCAUGGCGAAGAAGGAUGUGGAGUUACGCCCACUUCCGAGGAGAAUGAAAUUAACAACGAAGCAAAUGCUGGCGAAAAGGAUUGGGUCACAAGUUUCUUCGAUCCACAAUUCGACAUUGACAUUCCGGCCACCUUCGUCCCUGUUAAUGAUUUCAUUGACAACGACGAGUCUGUGUUCGGCCCAUUAAGCCCGAAGUCCGUGCUGGACGAGCCCAUCAUUAUCAGCCUCAACCAAGAAGGACCGUCCUCCUCGUCGAUCUCACGGCCCCCAAUUCGGCGUAUGCCCACAAAGCCCAUCCCGGCCCGGCCCCGCACCAAGCGAGCUCGUCGGCCAGCAUCGGUCCGCUUCACCGCCCCGGUCAUCUCUCCAUCCGUCGAGGGCCCUCCGGCGAUACCGGCAUUUCUCGACGCGACCGAGGGGCCCAUGAAAAUUCACCCGGUGAGGAAAAUGAAGAAGGAGGCCCCCAGAGUCGACGAUCACCCUGAUGGAAUUUUGCCGUUGAGAAAAUGCAAGCAUUGUGGGGUUUCAAAGACGCCACAGUGGAGAGCAGGCCCAACGGGCCCUAAAACCCUGUGCAACGCCUGUGGGGUCAGAUACAAAUCGGGCCGGUUAUUCCCCGAAGCUAGUUUAGGGUGGAGGAUUAGCUUAAGGAUUGAUGUAUUUAGAUUAGUGUCGGAUAAUCAGGCGUCGGAGGCUCUGGGUUCGAGAGGCGGCGGAGGAGGCAGCGGAGGAGGCAGCGGAGGAGUAGGGAUUGGGGUUGGGAUUGAGGUGGAGAAAGAGCUCAGCUGCCCUAGAGAGAGAAAAGAAGAGAUUUAG